AUGGUGACCCCUGGUCCCUAAGCGCGAUAAAUGGUGGCUGGCAUCACCGCGAGAGAAAAUGGGACGGUACCGGCACCACCUGUAUCUCCCUAUGCUAUUGACGCUUGCGAAGGUGGAGCAAGCAUCGGAAUUUGAGUUCGUUCAAACGCUGGGGCUCUCUACUGAGCACAGCGAUUGUGAUGGCUGCGGUUGUCGCUGUGUCGAAGAAUGGUGGGACUUGGACUUCAUUCUGGCCUGGCUGUACUGGUACGGGUACUGGGGGCAAAAUGUUCGCUAUCCCGACUGGGCUCAUCUAAAUCUACCGGGUAUUUUAUGACCUGUGGGGGCGACAGGAUAUCAAAAGCGUCAUGUCAGGCCUCUGGUGGUCGGGGUUUGGGGUACAAUACGGGGGCCUCCGACAAUAUGAAGCCAGGCAUUGUGAACAAUACGGGACGAAAUGAAUUGAUUUCGUGUUUGGCAUUUAGGUGAAGUAGAAUAGGGUUCGAAUAUAAUGACAGUAUCGAAUCCAUGACAUA